CAUUACUCCUUUCUUACCGCUCAUUGUCUGAAAAAAAACCUUUCUUUUUCCUUCAAUGGCGGCUACAACCAGUCUCAUUUCUUCCAAAUCCUUGAUUCAAUCUCAUUACAUCUCCCCAUCUUCUCUACAAUCAAAACAAUCUUCUCUCAUCGCCGCACCCAUCAGAUCCAUCAGAUCCAUUCAACCCAUUUUCGCCCUUCAUUCUCCAGACCCUUCUAAAAAUCCCAUCAUUUCCGAGAAACCGACUAAACCCACAUCGACGACCGCGGCAUCAGCUGUUUCGUCCACUACGGUUCCGGCGCCGACUAAAACAGACGCCGUUACUGGAAAGUGGAUCGUCGAUAGUUGGAGGAGUAAGAAUGCUUUGCAGCAGCCGGAAUACCCGAAUCUGGAGGAACUUGAAUCGGUUCUCAAGACAAUCGAGGCUUUCCCGCCUAUUGUAUUCUCUGGAGAGGCUAGGAAUUUGGAGGAGAAGUUAGCGGAUGCGGCUAUGGGUAAUGCUUUUCUUCUUCAAGGUGGGGAUUGUGCUGAAAGCUUCAAAGAGUUUCAUGCGAACAACAUCCGUGAUACUUUCAGAAUUCUAUUGCAGAUGGGUGCUGUUCUGACCUUCGGCGGUCAAAUGCCGGUUAUUAAGGUCGGUCGGAUGGCUGGUCAAUUCGCAAAACCAAGAUCGGAUGCUUUCGAGGAGAAAGAUGGUGUCAAGCUGCCGAGUUACAGAGGGGAUAACAUCAAUGGUGAUACAUUCGAUGAGAAAUCGAGAAUUCCCGACCCACAAAGGAUGAUCAGAGCUUAUUGCCAAUCUGCGGCUACUCUCAAUCUCUUGAGGGCUUUUGCAACUGGAGGUUAUGCAGCUAUGCAACGUGUUACUCAGUGGAAUUUGGAUUUCACAGAGCACAGUGAACAGGGUGACAGGUAUCGCGAAUUGGCUAAUCGGGUUGAUGAAGCUUUAGGAUUCAUGGCUGCAGCCGGUUUGACAAUGGAUCAUCCAGUUAUGAGAACAACUGAUUUCUGGACAUCCCAUGAAUGUUUACUGCUUCCUUAUGAACAGGCAUUGACUCGGCUUGAUUCGACUUCUGGCCUAUACUAUGAUUGCUCUGCUCAUUUCAUAUGGGUGGGUGAAAGAACUCGUCAAUUGGAUGGAGCCCAUGUUGAGUUCUUGAGAGGAGUUGCUAAUCCUCUUGGAAUUAAGGUGAGUGACAAGAUGAAUCCUACUGAUCUAGUGAAACUUAUUGAGAUAUUGAACCCUGGAAAUAAAGCGGGUAGAAUCACAGUUAUCGCGAGAAUGGGUGCUGAAAAUAUGAGGGUGAAGCUUCCUCAUCUUAUUCGGGCGGUUAGAAGGGCAGGUCUAAUCGUGACAUGGGUCAGCGAUCCGAUGCAUGGUAACACCAUUAAGGCUCCUUGUGGUCUCAAAACUCGCCCAUUCGAUUCAAUUCGGGCUGAAGUGAAAGCUUUCUUCGACGUGCAUGAUCAAGAAGGCAGCCACCCUGGAGGAGUCCAUCUCGAGAUGACUGGCCAGAACGUGACUGAGUGCAUUGGAGGGUCAAGAACAGUUACUUUCGACGAUCUUAGCUCCCGUUACCACACCCACUGCGAUCCAAGAUUGAACGCUUCUCAAUCCUUGGAGCUUGCCUUCAUCAUUGCUGAGCGGCUUGGAAAGAGGCGGUUGGCUUUCAAGAACCAACCAGCUAAUUAAGGUGUUCAGUGGCUCCAAGCUCUCGCCUUUUAGAAACGAGUCUAAUCGUUUAUCUAUUCUUUUUUUCUCAUGGUUUAAAUUACAAAGACUGAUAAUAUCGUUUGUAUGGUUUUGAAACAUGUUGAGAUUUGGGUAAAAAUUGAAUUGGUCUUAUAUUUCAA